AUGAUCGCUCGAGGUGUUCGAAAUGUUAUUUAUAAUUAUACUGAUGCUCAACGCAAAGUUCGAUCGGCAACAUCGAAUGAUGCAUGGGGUCCAUCACCAGCACUUAUGCAUGAAAUAGCUGAUUUAACUGAUAAUGUUGUUGCCUUUUCUGAAAUCAUGCCAAUUAUAUGGAAACGUUUAAAUGAUCAUGGUAAAAAUUGGCGUCAUGUUUAUAAAUCUCUUGUUUUACUUGAUCAUUUAAUAAAAUUUGGCAAUGAACGUGUUAGUCAACAAUGUAAAGAAAAUAUAUUUGCUAUACAAACAUUAAAAGAUUUUCAAUAUGUCGAAGAUCAAAAAGAUCAAGGUUUUAAUGUACGUGAAAAAGCUAAGCAAUUAGUUGCUUUACUUAAAGAUGAUGAACGUUUACGUAAUGAACGUCGAAAAGCACAAGAAGCUCGUGAACGUUAUGCACGUCAAGCUAUGGGCUUGGAUUCAAGUGGUGCUAUUACAUAUGGCCGCCCAUCAACUUCAACAUCAAUGCGACGUAAUAGUGCUGAAGGUGGGGAUUAUUUUAGUGCAACACCAUAUCAAUCAAAUCAAUAUCCAACAAGUUCAACUGCACAUCGUUCAUCAUCACUUAGUGAAAAUCUUUAUGCAGCUUCAACUCAAGAUUUUGUUCAACCAACUAAUCAAGAAGAAGAACAAUUACAAAUGCAAAUUGCAUUAGCUGAAUCACAACGUGAAGCUGAAGAUGAAGAACGUCGUCGUCGUAAUGAUGAUUUAAAACUUAAAAUUGCAUUAGAACGAUCAGUCAAUGAAUCAUCACCAGAUGCAUUUAAUUCUCAAAAAUUUGAUUUUUAUCCACAACUUAAUCCUGUGGAUCCAUAUCAACAACCUCAUCCUUUGGAUCCAUAUCAACAACCUCAUUCUGUUGAUCCAUAUCAACAACCUCAUCCUCUUGAUCCAUAUCCAAAACCUCAUCCUCUUGAUCCAUCUCCAUUUGACACAAAUUAUCAACAUAAUGAUCCAUAUUUACCAUCAUCAACAACAUCUAAUAUCGGUUGGAAUCUACCAAAUGCUCGUCCAUCAACUCAUCUUGGUUUUACAACUGUUACAAAUGAUCCAUGGUCAUCAGAACCAAGUGGUCGUAAUUCUGCAAUAGCAACAACAGGAACAAAUGAUCCAUGGCAAGUAACAACACAUUCAUCGACUACGCAAGCUAAUCCAUGGACUGAAACGAAGCCUACAACAACUAACAAUGGUACGGGUCUUUCUCUUAAUAUUGGUGAUCCUUGGGGUGUUGGUUCAAAUAAUUCUCAAACAACAAAAACAACUUUACCUCCAACAGCAACUACUUCUAAAGCAAUUGAUAAUGAAUUAAGUGAAUUUUUUGGAGCUAGUGCAAAUAUCUCAACAUCUAAUAAUUAUCAACAACAGACAUCAUCAAAUCCAUGGAAUAUGCCAUCAUCAAAUUUGCCAUUAAUACCUAAUAAUUCAAGUUCAAUUUCACCACAGAAUACUGGCUUUAAUGUUGGUGGUAAUAUACUUUAUCCAACAAUUGCUAGUGGAAAUAAUUCCAAUAAUCCAAGUCCACUUCCAUCAGGAUUAUCAACAUCUCGUAAAACACCUGAAAGUUUUCUUGGUGAAAACUUUGGUAAUUUAGUUAAUCUCGAUAAAUUGGUUACAGAUAAAAAAACUACCAAUCCAUUUGGAACAACUGCUACACGUGCUCAAAAUCCAUUUACUAAUAUAAUGAAACCACCAACACUUGAUCAAUUAAGUUCAACAAAUAAUCCUGGUUUUACUAGUGGUUCACCAUUACCACCACCACUCAUUCCUUCGUCAUUUAAUACAAAUACUGCAACGCUCAACACAAAUAAUCCAUUUAUGUGA